AUACAAGUCAAUAAUUUCUAUGCUAGAAGACAUUAGGCUUGCCAUGAUGGAUAGGAUGCAGAUAAAAAGGAAGUUGAUUACGCAAUUUGUGGGUGAGAUUGCCCUUACAAUAAGCAAGAAAAUCAAAGAGGGAUAUCAAGAACAAUUGCACUGUCAAACACGUUGGUCGGGAACAAAUGACUACAGUGGAUUUGAGAUACAUCGCAGAGGGAUUGGUCAUGAGGUUAACUUGGGUUAAAAUACCUGUUCUUGUAGGGCUUAGGACUUGACUGGAAUUCCAUGUUCCCAUGUCAUUAGUGCAAUAUUGUUCAUGAGAAAGAAUCCAGAAGAUUUUGUUGCUCAUUGGUACAAAGCUUAUGAGAGCUUGUUAAACCCUGUGCAAGGUACCAAAUUUUGGGACCUUCAACAGGAGGGAUCUGUGUUGUCUCCUCAUAGUAUUAGGAAGCCAAUGUGGAGGCCCAAACAUGCUAGAAGGAGGGACCCUUCAGAAGGUCCAAGAAAUCAAUUUAAGGCAUCAAGGCAAGGUGUGCAAGGACGAUGCACCCAUUGUGAAUCAAAUGAACAUACAUGGAGAAAGUACCCCACUGCACCACCAAGGCAACAAGCUACACAAGAAUCACAAGGAACAAGAGUUGAUGAAGGACCAUCUCAAGUGAGGAAAAAGGGGAGAUCAAAGGAAAACCUGAACAAAAUUAGAUGUGGUGACAUGCCUCCAAGCAAUGCUCCAACGCCAGCAUUCAUUAUCCUUGGAAGAAGAAGCAAAGCUCCAACAACCAGCGUUGAGGCAGGAAGAGGUAGAGGAGGGGGAGGGAGAGGGAGAGAGAGAGGUAGAGGGAGAGGUGGUGCAGGUCAAUUACGGAUGCCAGAAGGGUUUGGUUUGUGGUAA